AUGGAACGCUGGCUCAUGGAGAAAUCGCUGAUUGUAGAGAAGAAGGAAAGGACCAAGUUGGAAACGGAAAACACAAACCUCAAGGCCGAAGUGCAUGAUUUGAGAUUCAGGAUAUCCGAAGCUGCUACAGUUCUCAAGAAGGUGCUUACGUUGUCAUAUUUCAAGCAGCUGGAGUCCUGUAAGGCUGAGCUGCAGUCAAGGGAUGAAGAGGUGGAAAGGUUGAAAAGUGAACUGGACGAACAGAAGAAAAUCAACGAACAACUGAAAGAGGCACUCUCAGGGUACUUGAUCAACGUGUAG